AAAAAACAAAAGAAGAAAAUCAAACGAACAGCAGUCAUGAAAUCGAAUCGCGUUAGGAAACGAAAAAAAGCUAAAAAAAAGAAGAAAAAAAAAAAUCCAAAACAGCGACCAACCAAAAUCAAGAAAACCCAAUUUUGAAAUCGAAAAAUUUCGAAAUCCCCGCACCAUAAAAAUCCAACCUUUUCGAAUCUCAAAAGAGACUCUCUCUCUCUCUCUCUCUCUCUCUCUCUCUCGAUUGUGUUUUGUUUGGUUUUGACUUGGACGCGUUUGGGUAGGCACUGACACAUGCGCGGAAUUGAAUUUCGAUUUUAAUUUGGAUUUUUUUUUAAUUAUUAUAUAUAGAAGUGUCCUUUCGUUUUAUGUGAUUUUUCAAGGAGGGUGGGGUGUUUUUUUAGGGUUUCUUUCUUUUCUUUCCAUCCAUCUCUUUCUACACUGCUUUAUUAAGUCCUCUCUCUCUCUCUCUCUCUCUCUCUCUCGCUCGCUCGUUCUCUCUUUUUUAGGGAUUUUGGGGGCCUUGGAUGGGUGGUUUUCUCAUCUGGGUCGUUGAUUUUUCGUGGUUUUGGCAUCUGGGUCGUUGAUUUUUGUAGGUUUUGGCAUCUGGGUCGUUGGUUUUUGUAGGUUUUGGCAUUUGGGUGGGCGGUUUUGUUUGGUUUUGGCAUCUGGGUCAGUGGGUUUUCGUGGUUUUGGAAUCUGGGGUGUUGAUUUUUCUGGGAUUUGUGAUGUGGGUCGGCGGUUUUUCGUGGUUUUCUUAGCUAGGUCGUUGAUUUUCUGAGGAUUUCUCGUGUUGGGGGUUUCGCCUUCCUUUCGUGUGGGACGGUGGUUUUUGCUGAUUUCGUGAUCUGUUUUGGUGGGGUUUUCUCGAUUUGGGGGGAUUUUUUGGGGUUGGAUUUGGAAACAGAGGAGACGGUUUUGUUGGGUUUUUUCUCUUUGGCUUGGUGGGUUCUAGAUUUGUGAGAUUGGGUUGGAAAGGCUGAUUUCGGGUUUGAUUUAGUUUCUGACGCUGUGGUUUGAUUUUGGGUUGGAAAGGGCCAUAUUUUUAAUGGGGUUUUGAUUUUGUGUUGAGGACGGCAGCCUUGGAGAAAUUUUCAUUUCCCUGCAGCUGUGGUUUCAGUGUCAUGUGUAAUUUAUAAACAAUGUUUCAUGCCCAAGUUCCUCCGCGACAGACUUGCUGUCUCCUAGCGGUUUUCUGCAGAAAGGUUGCUGAUAAUCAGAAGCUGAAGGUUGGGGAUGGUCGGCCAUUGUAUCCCUUUCCGGAGCUCGUUUCUUCAGGCCGCCUCGAGGUUCAAACUCUUACAAAUCCGACGACUGAUGAAUUUAAGCAUGCUUUGGAAUCGUCGGAGCCAAAUUUUGUGUACUUACAAGGAGAGCAGCUUCUAAAUGAGGAAGAGAUUGGGCCUCUGAUGUGGGGGGACGUCGACUUGUCUUCUGUGGAAGCUAUAAGUGGGCUUUUUGGUUCCACAUUGCCAACCACAGUUUAUUUGGAGACUCCAAAUGGCGAAAAAUUGGCAGAGGCACUUCACUCAAAGGGAGUUCCUUAUGUUAUAUAUUGGAAGAAUGCAUUUUCAUGUUACGCAGCUUGCCAUUUUCGCCAAGCAUUGUUGUCAGUUGUUCAGAGCUCAUGCAGCCAUACAUGGGAUGCAUUUCAACUUGCGCAUGCAUCAUUUAGGCUCUACUGUGUGCGAAACAACCAUGUCUCGCCAUCCAACUGUCAAAAAGUUAGUGGUAAGCUUGGGCCCCGCCUGCUUGGGGAGCCUCCAAAGAUUAAUAUUGUGCCACCUGAGAAUGAAGUGGAGGAGGAAGAAGAAGGCUCACCGAAUGCUCCGGCAAUAAAAAUAUAUGAUGAUGAUGUGAGCAUGAGAUUUCUUGUUUGUGGAGAGCCAUGCACCUUGGAUGCAUGCUUGUUGGGUUCUUUGGAAGAUGGCCUCAAUGCUCUCUUGAACAUUGAAAUACGGGGGAGUAAGCUUCAUAAUCGUGUCAGUGCUGCUCCUCCGCCUCUUCAAGCCGGAACAUUUUCUCGGGGGGUUGUGACAAUGCGAUGUGAUAUCUCGACUUGUAGUUCGGCUCACAUAUCGCUUUUAGUAUCGGGUAGCGCACAAACGUGCUUUGAUGAUCAGCUUUUGGAAUGUCAUAUAAAGAACGAAGUAAUUGAGAAGAGCCAGUUAGUGCAUGCAGUGCCUAACUGUGAGGAAGGCAAACCCUCUUUUUCUGAGCCUCGGAAAUCCGCUUCAAUAGCAUGUGGGGCCACCAUAUUCGAAGUUUGCAUGAAGGUUCCGACAUGGGCUGCACAGGUUUUGAGGCAGCUUGCGCCUGAAGUCUCCUACCGUAGCUUGGUUACGCUCGGCAUUGCCAGCAUUCAGGGAUUGACUGUUGCUGCUUUCGAGAAAGAGGAUGCUGAACGCCUUCUUUUCUUUUGUACAAGGCAAGCAAAAGACCCGCAUCUGAAAGACACGGUUCUCUGUAGUCUGCCGAGCUGGUUUAAGCCACCUGCUCCUAGCAGAAAAAGGCCAGAGCCGUGCCAAGAAACAAGAUGUGUCACAAGUAGUGAUAUGGUGGACAAGAACGGAGUGAGGAAUCCAAAUGUAGAACAUGAGGACAUUAAGGAAACUGAAUUGAUAGAACGGGCUCGCAUGCCGUUGGUACCCGUUAGACUGAAAUUGAAGGUAGCUGCCAUGAGGCCUGUUCCUCACACACGGCAACACAAAAUGCUGCCGUUUUUGGGAAUAUCGGAAGCCAACAUGUAUGAUGCGAACCAGGCAAAGGCUAGCUUGCCGAUCGUUCCCUCCACGAAGCACAAUCACGUGCCCCCACCUCCCACCACACAUCGAAAAUCAAUGUCAAGUUCUUUUCAGGCUCAGCAGAUUAUUUCUUUGAAUCCACUGCCGCUGAAGAAACAUGGGUGUGGUCGGAGUCCGAUUCAAGUUUGUUCAGAAGAGGAAUUUCUGAGGGAUGUCAUGCAGUUUCUAAUCCUUCGUGGGCAUAACCGGCUUAUCCCUCAAGGCGGGCUGGCCGAAUUCCCAGACGCAAUACUCAAUGCGAAGCGUCUGGACCUGUACAAUCUAUAUAGAGAGGUGGUUUCUCGUGGAGGGUUUCAUGUUGGGAAUGGCAUCAAUUGGAAAGGACAGGUUUUCUCGAAGAUGCGCAACCACACGAUGGCCAACAGAAUGACUGGUGUUGGGAAUACAUUAAAAAGGCACUAUGAAACGUAUCUCUUGGAGUACGAAUUAGCACACGACGACGUUGAUGGAGAGUGCUGCUUACUCUGUCACAGUAGUGCUGCUGGCGAUUGGGUGAAUUGUGGCAUAUGCGGGGAGUGGGCCCACUUUGGUUGUGAUAGACGGCAGGGUCUUGGCGCAUUCAAGGACUAUGCGAAAACGGAUGGGCUAGAGUACAUUUGCCCGCACUGUAGUCUAACCAGUUUUCGGAGGAAAUCGCAGAAAACAGCAAAUGGGUAUUCGUAAACAUAGACGGUUUUGUGGUCCCAUGUAAUCUUUUCUUUUUUAAAAUAUCAUUUUCUUUUUAAAUCCUUUUUGAAAUGCAUAAGAGAAGGCCCCAAUUUGUAAUGAGGCUGGUUUGUAUUACUAUUGUUACCCAUCAAAGGUGGUGUAGGCUACAUCAUAUAUUUUUACGGUCCUUUGAAGCCAUAAUUUACAGUGAAAUGGAAAAGAAGAAAAUGCCAACAUCCUAACACA